CACUGCUGAUCCGUCAUCUUUCUUCGCCAGUUUUGUCCUCUCUCUUAAAUUUUACGUCUUUGCUGAUGAAACAAAGUAAGCAAAAGUUUUCGAUCAAGGGACGAGGGAAGCCGCGACGAUCACUAUUCCCAAAGGUGAGGUGAAGACUUCUGUCAGUUCAGGGCCUGGAAUAAAGAUGAAGGGGGUAAAACUACUCUGUUCUCUGAGAGUUUUGCUUCGACUGAAGGGGGAUACGGGACGACACCUCAUGGUCCAGAGGAUUAAGUCACAUGGGAUCCACAGCGAGUUAACGGCUCUGCAAUGUGGGCCUCAUGCUGCAACUGGUUCUGUGUGGACAACCAGACCAUGGAUGAACCUGAACAUAAUCCUCGAAGGCAGGCAUACACUAAUGCAGGCUACAACUCUCAAUCACCUCCAGCUGGAUUGGGACACACGUGCAGAGCUUGUGGUUCCCAAUUUGAAAAUCCACUGAGAAAGCACGUAUGUGUGGACUGUAAGAAGGAUUUCUGCACGGCCUGCUCAGUCCAACCUGAGAACAGUCCCAAAAUGUGCCACACUUGUCAGAGAUUCCGUGCCACUGACUUUGAGCGAGGAGAGCUAAUGAAACUGAAAGUGAAAGACUUGCGUGAUUACCUCCAACUACAUGAAAUUUCGAUGGAGAUGUGUAGGGAGAAGUCAGACCUGGUGGACCUAGUGCUGGGACAGCGCCCUCCGAUUGCUCUGACCCAUCACAUGCAUAUUCCUGUUUAUAGAAUGGACAAUCCUGAGCAGCAAUACUUUAUUCCAAAUGCACAUACAGAGACAACAGCAUCUACCUCACGGGAUGAUCCACCACCAUAUGGAGCAAAUAGCCCAGAACAGUCUCGGCAAGCAAACCUGUUGAAUACAGAAACGACAGUAGAGAAUCAGAAUGAGUCUGUGCCACCAGUGGAGGAUGAGACAGAGUCCAUUGAUUCAGAGGAGAUCGCGGCUCCAGGCCGGCACCGAGCCUCCCUAUCAGAUUUGACUUGUGUUGAAGAUAUCGAAGCUCUUACAGUACGUCAGCUAAAAGAAAUACUAGCACGAAAUUUUGUAGAUUACAAAGGGUGCUGCGAAAAGUGGGAGCUGAUGGAGCGAGUGACAAGGCUGUAUAAUGAACAAAAGGAUCUUCAGAAUCAGUGUGGGAAUGAAUCGUCAGGUGUUGAUGACAAUCUCUGUAAAAUAUGCAUGGACUCUCCAAUUGACUGUGUGCUGCUGGAGUGUGGCCAUAUGGUCACGUGUACUAAGUGUGGGAAACGCAUGAGUGAAUGCCCCAUUUGCAGGCAGUUUGUUAUCCGAGCUGUACAUGUCUUCAAGUCUUGAAUAAUUGCAACUACUGUGAAACCAUAUCAGAUCAAUUGGAGAUGGAUAUUUUCACAACCCAGACUCAGGCUGCUGAUUUAAACAUAUCUGGCUGCUGUUACUACUCGUACAUCAGUUAAUGCAUUUUGACUUCACUGAAUGAAAACACUAUUUAAUCAUGUAGAAAAUAUUUAUCAUAAAAUAUAUAUCAUUUACCUUCAAUAGGUUGAAAGGGUGUCUAUAUAACUGUAACUUCACCCAUUCUAGAAAGGUAGGAAUGAAUGAAAGAAAUGUGAUUGGAAAGAGAAGUACAAGAAAAAGCCAAAAAUAAAGAAGUUAGGCAAAGAAUCACUGAUCUUAUGGCACUCCAUGGAUCAGGUAUGGUUGAGUUUUUUUAGCAUUUGAGUAAUUUUGAAAAUUGGAGGUGUAUUGACAGAGUGCAAGAGCAGAGAGAAGCAGCAGAGAGAAAGGGAAAUUAUUAAAUAUAACAUAGCUUCUAUUUAGGUUAUUUGGUACUAAUAUUUUGAUCAAAAUUUAUCAGAAUGGCUGUAGGCACCUUAGAAAUAAUGCAAUUUGUUCGAUCUUGUAAUUCCUUCUGAUUGGUUGGUCAUUAAAUUAUGUGGUGGAAACUUAAAUGAGAAAUUAAAAUAGAAGAAAUUGAGCAGCACUAAAAUAAGCAAGUAUUGGUACGUUGUCGUCAUGCUAAUUGUCAAAAUGCAAGUGGAACAGAUGAAGAUCUUUCAAUGCCAGCUGAAACUUGGCUCUGUUACCUGUUUGUUUAGUUUAAUAUUUACACCUAAAACCAGUGAAUAUAUUGAAAUAUAUUAUUACAAUGUAGAAAUGUGAAGUAUUUUUCAAAUGCAUUUGACUGCUAUAGGAGAAAACCUUGUCCAGCAGUUAAAUGUACAUUGGGUUGAUAAAAUGCACCAUCUUCAUUGUGUUGUACCCCAAACCUUCAAAUUAAACUUGAAUUCAUGUAAUUUGUACAGUUCUGUGCUAUUUGAAUUUUCCUAUGCUUCAUAGAUCGAAUGUAUAUAUUUAAAAAUCAGUACAUGUGCACAAUUUAAAAAGUAAACACAAGGUUAUUAUUUAAAUCCAACCUAUUGAUCUUUAACUUUGCAUUGAUGCCUACAGUGCAAUAAUGGCAUGUAAAUGUUUACAAGAUUAUAAAACAGGUUAAAGUUCAAACAAUGUAACAUUGUGCAUUCUGUUAAAAUGUUUAAUUGGUUUCUGCCUGCUGACCAUCCAAAUUGAGCGGUUGGUCCCAGUGCCCUCGUACUUUACCAAACCUGUUUUGUUUCUUUGUAGGUACUGGUUUUCAAUUUUUGACAGUACCAUCAUUGUCUGAUCUUGUACCAAUAUUUUACCCUGUAAAAUUUCAUUUCUCAUUUUCUUCUCCUUGCCCUCAAAACGAAACAAAAACCGUGAUACCAAAUUAACUUUUCAUGAAGUGGCUUUUAUUAAGGAAUAUUCAAAUCUGUUGUGCCUUGAAGUUGUCUAACCUGUAUAGUGCUUUACUUGCCAAUUAAGUUUUCAAUAUGCAAACAUUUUGGUAUAUUAAUAUUUGGAUUCUAAUCAAUUUGAUUUUAAUCAAUCUGUCAAUUGUUUGACCUGUUUAUUAUACUGUACCUGUGGUUAUUCUAAUAAUGGAGAAUUGCCACUUUUGUCUAUUUGCAGAGACAUGUUUACAAUUUCCCACUUUUUCUCAGGAUCGAAAGCUGUUUCCUGCCACAAUGAUCUUAAACUGCAUUCUUCCCAUUUUAAUCCUCUGCUCUAUCACAGGGUUUAUGUCAACUUGUAAGCUAGCUAUGCACAUAUUUGAAAUGGUGCUGCUUGUAUCUUUAAAGUAAUAAUUCAUGUGGGAAGUAUGUCAACCAAUGUCUUAGUUAUUGCGUUUACAUUAAUGCAAAUAUUUGAGAAGCCUUGAUGUUUCUGGAUCAGAAUGAUGUAAAAUGUGAUUUGUGAAUUACACCUCAAUGUACUUGGUCCUUUCAUCCUGUAAACUUCUAAACCCUGGAUAAAGGUUUAUUAGCACCAA